GUUUUCAAAGGAUAUAGAGCUAGAAUAAUGAAUAUUGUAGAGUAUUUCUUUAUAAUUGAAUUUAUGCAGCUAUGCAGCUUUUUUCUGUGCAAAGAUAAUAAAAUAAAAAGAUUGGUGAAAGCUUUCACCAGUGCGAAUGACUUGGAUUUCAUUUUUCUGUCAGCAGAUGAUAUGCCAAUUAUAAACAGAUCAUAUCAAGGUUUUGUUUCCGUAAAAAAUGUAGGGUCAACUUUGGCCAAGGAUGACUUCUAUCCAUUCCAUACGUACGCAUUCCAAUCGUCAAUCGAUACAAGAAUAGCUCUUCGGGAGGUUAAAACACGAUGUACGUUCGUCCUGCAUCAUCGAUGAAAUUUAUUCAAGGAACAGCCAUCGUCCUAACAUUGUUACUUUGUACAUUGGUUUAAACAGUCAAUGCUCGAUGGAGAGUUCAAAAAUUCAAAAAAAAUAUAGGAAGCUAAGGGAAUGGAUAUUCUCGUCUCUCUUCUAUGAGGUCGAAAGCGCUUGACCGGUAUGAUUGAUUUUCUCAAGUCAUUAACCAUCUAUCCACAUGAAUAUUAUAAUGAUCUGAUUCAAACUAAUUUAAAUUUAUCUAAACAAAUAAAUAAAUGAUUAUCCUUCAGUCCCAUUCCUGUCAUAACCGAUUCCCUGUUUUUCGUUUUUAUUAUAAGGAAAAGAAAAAGAAAUCUUUUGAUCAAAUUUCCAGCUGUUCUAUCUCAAGACCACAUUCACAUCGCUGAACAAUAAUUCCUGGUUGAUCAGGUCUUUCAAAAACUUCGUCAUAAGAAUGUUUAUGCUUUUUUCUUUCACGGAUGCUCAUUCUACUAUAAUUGCUGGUUUUCGUUUUCUUUCGUAGUUCAAGUAAUUGCUUUUCAAAUUUUUUUUCCUUUUGUUCUUGUUUUUGGACUUCUCUUCGUCCAAAUUCUUGAUCCAGUUCUUCUAAAGACCCCCAUUUAUUUUUUGCAAAUUCUUCCACCUGUAAACGGAGAUAAAGCAUCAUGUUCGACCAUCCCUGUUGGUGUGGAUUUGCCUUUAACAGAUGCGGUAAUACUUCUGCGUCUCGCAAUUCCGGAUCCGUCAAUAAAUAAUCUUGUUUACAUUCAGUUUUCGUGAGUAAGGAAUACUUAUCUGGAUAUUUUUCACGACAAACAUGACAGACUUUACACCCAAAUACAUCCAAAUAACGUGAGUCCAGCUCAAUAGAGGCACAUUCGUCACAUUUAGGUGCUGUUUCCGGAUCUAAAUUUAAAGGGGCUUUUCGUAAAGCUUUCUGUCGUUCCUGUUGUUCACGAAGCUCUCGCUCCGCUGGUUUUUCACGAAGGUCUGUUUCUUGUUUCUUCUCUUCUACUAAGUAACCACCCUUGGUGUCUUCUAUCUUGGAGAAAUCAUAUUCAAUGUAAUCUUUGGUGAUUUCCGACUGGUCGUAGAAUUGGCCGCGCUUUCGUUUAUUAGCUAAUGAUCCUUCAACCUUAACUUCUUCGGCGCCAGUCAAUUGUUUCAACCGUUCUAUUUCUUGACGUUGUUCUUCAACUGUCGACGUGGAUGGCGCACCUUCGGUUUGCUCCAUUUCUAUGUUUCUGGGUACAAAAAAUAGCAACUUGAACGGAAAAGAGCCUUUUCUCUUUUCAAUUAGCAAGAACCGAAGGAAAAUCAGGGUAAUGAUCCACAAAGAUGAACGAAAGGGUGCUACAAGUUGUUGAUUUCUUUUUUUUAAUAACCUUUACUUUAAGAUUAUAUAAUCCAAGGUUUAAUUAAAUAAGCAAUUGAAUCCACUGAAGAAAGGAAUUGCUUUACUAGAAUAUAUAUCUUCACAACGAAAAGAAAUAAAUAGAAGAAAGAAUGGAAGAAAAUGGAUCGUAGUCUCAUUUCAAUUUCUGCUCACUACCCAG